CUAAAUUCUAUUUAAUAAGGAGUACUACUUAAGGAGUAUUAAAUAAGAAAAGGGGGGUUACGAGACGGAGCAUCUCUCUUUCCCGUACAUUCUCCGUCCUCUCCCUCUGUCGAUCCUUCUUCGCGUCCGGUCGACAAGCAGCAGCAGCCGCCGGCGAGAGGCUCGCCGAGAAGUCGCCGUCGGCCACCAUACCCCUCUCGCAGCCUCUCUCUCUCCCGUUUCUAUUCCGUCCACCGCUGCACGUCGACCAGAGACAGUGACCAAGGAGCCAACGCCGUCACCCACCGUCGCCUGGGGAACCACCGUCGUCGUCUCUCUCUUCCCCUCCAAUUUCCGGUUCGCACGCACCAUUUCCGGCAAAGAGCAGCGGUGAUUUGUGGUUUCAACCCAAGGUUUCGAUUUCUUCGAUUUUCUAGGUAGAAACACAGGCCGGAUGGGCAACCCAGAGGGCAGUGAAGUGGUGGCGUGGAUGGCUCUUGUUUUUUACUCUUCUAAUUAAACUACAUUAUUUUAUUUGAUUAUAUGGGCUGUUGGACAUUAUUUUGGUUUUUCUUAUGCUUCUUAACUUUUCUAGUUUAGUCAUCGGAAUGGAUAACCAAAUUCUGAAAGGGCUGCAGACCUGGAUGGAUGAUGGAGUCUUAUUUUGGGCGAACUGUUCUAAACCCAACCGCGUGAACAGAUUGAGAAUCGGACUUACUAGGCCCAAGAUACGACUGCCCUGCCGAAUAAGGGGGGUUACGAGACGGAGCAUCUCUCUUUCCCGUACAUUCUCCGUCCUCUCCCUCUGUCGAUCCUUCUUCGCGUCCGGUCGACAAGCAGCAGCAGCCGCCGGCGAGAGGCUCGCCGAGAAGUCGCCGUCGGCCACCAUACCCCUCUCGCAGCCUCUCUCUCUCCCGUUUCUAUUCCGUCCACCGCUGCACGUCGACCAGAGACAGCGACCAAGGAGCCAACGCCGUCACCCACCGUCGCCUGGGGAACCACCGUCGUCGUCUCUCUCUUCCCCUCCAAUUUCCGGUUCGCACGCACCAUUUCCGGCAAAGAGCAGCGGUGAUUUGUGGUUUCAACCCAAGGUUUCGAUUUCUUCGAUUUUCUAGGUAAAAACACAGGCCGGAUGGGCAACCCAGAGGGCAGUGAAGUGGUGGCGUGGAUGGCUCUUGUUUUUUCACUCUUCUAAUUAAACUACAUUAUUUUAUUUGAUUAUAUGGAGUGUUGGGCAUUAUUUUGGUUUUCCUUAUGCUUCCGCAACGUUUGGAUUUAUUUUACAAAUGAAUUUCAUAAUUUAUUUAAAUCUUUAUUUUAAAAAAAAUAUGCAUUCGAAUACCAAAUUAGCCCAUAAUGUAUUACUACAUCAUAUAAAAGCAUCACCGCACGUAGAUAAUAGGUAUUGAACCAUUAAUGUAAUACUACCUCUGUUUCACUGUGUUUGUCCACUUUUGACUUUUGGAAAUGUUCAUCUAAGUACUUUGACUCAUCAAAUUCUCUCAAUGUGUAAGCCUAAAUAUAGUCAUGUGUGAUCUUGUUUGAUUUGUCUUAACAUAUAGAUUAUUAAUAUAUAAUUUCUAUAAUUUUUUAAUAUACAAAUUACAAGAUAAAAUGGAUUAAAGAAGUGCAUUGGAU